UGCCCUGAAUUCUGGGACUUUAAAGCAUUGGUUUUCCCGCGCCUGAGGCUACACACUAUUACUUCUUUGUUGUCUUGAAGGUACUCAGGAGUGGCUAUUCGUGGAUAACAAUGGCCCCGCCCGCUGCAAUUGAGGUUGAGGCUGUGACCGAUACGUCGGGGGUUACCGUUCCGGAUCCGUUGACGGUGCCCGUUAAGAGUAAUGAAAUUUAUGGGCGGAGGAAGAAGGCAGAUAAAAGACAGUGGGGAGUUGCUGCGCCGUCGGAUAGUAAGGACUUUAGGUUGAGGAGCUAUGAGGGAAGACCAAAGGCACGGCGGUGGGAUCACUACAUCACGCACGAAGCCAAAACCCGCAAAGGCAACUCCCUGAAGCAAGCAGCAAAAUUCCUCUCCACACCCGGCAUCAUCUCUCUCGGCGGCGGCCUCCCGUCUUCCGAAUACUUCCCCUUCGAAGAGCUCUCCCUCAAAGUGCCCACCGUAGGCCACUUCUCCGAAGCCGAAACCAAAGACUCAGGCGUCGUCCUCACAGCCGGGAAACACGACCUCGCAAACGACAAGUCCAUCUUCGAUAUCUCCACCGCCUUCAACUAUGGCCAGGGCGCCGGCGCCGCGCAGCUCCUCCGCUGGAUCACGGAGCACACGGAGCUCGUCCACGACCCGCCCUACGAGGACUGGCGCUGCACUAUGAGCAUCGGAAGCACGUCGGGCCUCGACAUGGCUCUCCGCAUGCUCUCCCGACCCGGCGACAUGAUGCUCUCCGAAGAAUACACUUUCUCCGCCGCCGUCGAAACCGCCGCUCCCCUAGGCGUCCGCCUAGCUGGCGUCCCCAUCGACGCCGAAGGCCUCCUCCCCGACGCCAUGGACGCCAUCCUCUCCACCUGGGACGCCUCCGCCCGCGGCGGCCGCAAACCACACCUCCUCUACACCGUCCCGACGGGGCAGAAUCCCACGGGCGCAACGCAAAGCGCCGCCCGCCGCCGCGCCAUCUACGCCGUCUGCCAAAAACACGACAUCUACAUCAUCGAAGACGAGCCGUACUACUUCCUGCAAAUGCAGCCCUACACGGGGCCCAACGCGCCCGACGCCCCGCCGCCCGCCUCGCACGCCGCCUUCCUGAAAUCGCUGGUCCCGAGCUUCCUGUCCAUGGACACGGACGGGCGCGUCAUGCGGCUGGAUUCGUUCUCGAAGGUGAUUUCGCCGGGCAGCAGGGUCGGCUGGAUCACGGCGAGCGAGCAGCUGGUCGCGCUGUACAAGAAGCACGCCGACGUGUCGACGCAGAACCCCGCCGGCAUGUCGCAGCUGAUCCUGUGGAAGCUGCUGGACGAGCACUGGGGCCACGCGGGGUACCUCGACUGGCUGAUCUACAUCCGCCUGCAGUACACACAGCGGCGCGAUGUGAUCCUCGCUGCCUGCGAAAAAUAUCUCCCUAAAGCCAUCGUCUCGUGGCGCCCGCCGAUGGCCGGCAUGUUCCAUUGGAUGCAGGUCGACUUCACCAGGCAUCCGGAUUAUCCGCAGAAGAGCAUUGAGGAGAUCGAGGAGAGUGUUUUUAUGCGCGUUAUUGAGCAUGGCGCGUUGGUUAUGCGCGGGAGCUGGUUCUAUGCUAAUAGCGAGGAGAGGCAUGAUACGCUGUUCUUCAGGGCGACGUAUGCGGCGGCGCCGGCGGAGAAGAUCGAUGAGGGGAUUAGGCGGUUUGGCGAGGCGGUGAAGGAGGAGUUUAGACUGGGGAAGGAGAACGGGGUUAAUGGGUAUUCGAAUGGGCAUUGAGGCGAGCGACAGCCGACUUUGAAGGGAUUUUGUUGUCAGAU